CACCCUAAAUUUAACUUCUAAUAGCCUAGAGUGCGGUCCACUUCUUCAAUUUACUAUUAGGUGCAAGUGGAAUGCUUUUCCUAACUUUUUGUUUUCGUUUUAGCCAUGCUUUCACCAUCCUUAUCUCCAUGCACUUCCCCACCCCCUAUAAGAUUCUAAAACAUGUUUCAGCAUUCCAUACACACCUUGAGAAGAAAAAAAAGGAGAGAAGCAUCAUAUCUUUUAGCAGAAUUGAGAAAAAAGGUAAAAAGAGAUGGCUACCUUAAAAAGAAGACUUGUGGUUAAAGCUUAAUUACUUUUGAUGGAUUGUUAUUAUCAACUUUCUUUGCAAACUGAUUAGGUAGGCCUACUUCAGAAGACUAUUUAAACUCCAAGCAUCCAUUAUCCCACCAUAGUUUUAAACUUAUCUUACCUCUUAAUCAAAUCUCCUCCUUGAAUUCUUAUUCCAUCUCUUCUUGCUAUUUGCCUCACUCUUUCUUGCCUUGCCUUUCUUUCUGCAUGGCAUUUCUAAGAAGCAAUACUAAAUCUUCAGAAUCAGUAUCUGAUAAUUUGGUCUGAACUUAAUCUUAGUCAUAGCAUUGAUAUGUCUCAUUUCAUGCUGUUCUUUGCAAUACUUCAUGCUAUUCUUGCUGUUGCUCUUGGAGAUAGCUUGAGAGAUUCCAUCUCACUUCUGAGAAUCAAAUCAGAACUGGUUGAUCCAGCAGGAGUUCUUGACAACUGGUCUCCAAGAGCUCAUAUAUGCAGUUGGAAUGGCCUUUCAUGUUCAGAUGAUCAGAUGGAUAUUGUUGGUCUGAACCUAUCUGGAUCAGGACUAUCUGGUUCUAUCCCACGUGAGCUUUGGCAACUCACUACAAUUGAAACACUCGAUUUGUCUUCGAAUUCCCUCACUGGUCCACUUCCUCCUGAGUUGCGACAGCUUCAAAAUCUUGAAACACUUCUCCUCUAUUCGAACUUUCUCUCCGGUGAGAUUCCUCCAGAAGUAGGCCUUUUGAAGAACUUGCAAGUUCUUAGGAUAGGAGACAACUUGUUAUCAGGUGCAAUUCCACCAAGCAUUGGCAACUUGACUGAGUUGAGAGUGUUGGGUCUUGCCUAUUGCCAAUUAAAUGGAAGCAUUCCAGUUUAUAUUGGCAAUUUGAAGCACCUGAUAUCUCUUGAUUUGCAGAACAAUAGCCUCAGUGGCCUCAUACCAGAAGAGAUUCAUGGCUGUGAAGAGCUUCAGAACUUUGCAGCAUCAAACAACAUGCUUGAAGGAGAUAUCCCUUCUUCGAUAGGAUCACUUAAGUUACUGCAAAUUCUGAACCUGGCCAACAACAGCCUUUCUGGAUCAAUUCCUGUUGUGUUAAGUCAACUCACCAAUUUGAAGUACUUGAAUUUUCUAGGGAACAGAUUGAACGGCGAUAUUCCUUCGGAGCUUAACCAGUUGGUUCAGCUUGAGAUGCUUGACUUGUCACAAAACAACCUCUCAGGAAGCUUACACCUUCUCAGCACCCAACUGAAGAAUCUUGAAGCUCUGGUUUUGUCUGAUAAUGCCUUGACAGGUAGCAUUCCAAGCAACUUCUGCCUCAGAAAUUCAAACCUUCGACAACUUCUUCUGGCUCGAAACAAACUCACUGGAAGAUUUCCUUUAGAAGUACUGAGCUGUUCCUCACUCCAGCAGUUGGACCUUUCAGAUAACAGCUUUGGAGGAGAGCUACCAGCUUCCCUUGACAAACUAGAGAAUCUCACUGAUCUUGUCCUCAAUAACAACAGCUUUACUGGAACUCUACCUCCUGAAAUUGGAAACAUGAGUUACUUGGAAAAUCUGUAUCUGUUUGGCAACAUGAUCACAGGUGGAAUUCCAGUGGAGAUUGGAAAGCUACAAAGGUUGAAAACCAUUUACCUGUAUGAUAACCAGAUGUCAGGAUCCAUACCAAGAGAGCUAACCAACUGCUCAGACUUAACAGGAAUUGAUUUCUUUGGGAACCAUUUCACAGGGUCCAUCCCUGCAACAAUUGGAAAUCUUAGGAAUCUAGUUUUGCUCCAACUGAGACAGAAUGGCUUGUCAGGUCCUAUUCCACCAAGCUUAGGUUACUGCAGAAGUCUUCAGCUAUUGGCCUUGGCUGAUAACAAGCUCACUGGAACAUUGCCACCCACAUUCAGAUUCAUUUCACAACUAAGCACCAUCACCCUUUACAACAACUCCUUUGAAGGCCCUCUUCCCUCAUCACUUUUUCUUCUUAAAAACGUCAAGAUCAUAAACUUUUCUCACAAUCGGUUCAGUGGAACCAUCUUUCCUCUCUCCGGUUCGAAUUCUCUUACUGCUGUAGACUUAACAAACAAUAGCUUUUCAGGUUCCAUUCCUUCUAGACUAUCCAUGUGUAGAAAUUUAAGCCGUCUCCGUCUUGCACACAAUCACCUCACUGGCACCAUCCCUUCUGAGUUUGGCCAACUCACACAGCUCAACUUUCUUGACGUAUCCUACAACAAUCUCACAGAAGAAGUGCCACCUCAAUUGUCCUCAUGUCAGAGAGUUGAGCACCUUUUGCUAAAUAAUAACCAAUUCAGAGGAACAAUACCUCCAUGGUUAGGAAGCUUACAAGAACUAGGAGAGCUAGACUUCUCAUCUAACAACUUCCAUGGAACAGUACCUGCAGAACUUGGUAACUGUUCAAACUUACUGAAGCUUUCUCUGCAUGGCAACAGUCUCUCGAGCAUGAUCCCAGAGGAGAUAGGAAAUCUCACAUCUCUUAAUGUUCUUAAUCUUCAGAGAAAUAAUUUUUCGGGUUCUAUUCCGUCAAUGAUCAGGCAGUGCAAGAAGCUCUAUGAACUGAGGCUCUCAGAGAACUUCUUGACAGGUUUGAUACCAUUUGAACUAGGAGAGCUCACUGAGUUACAAGUCAUCCUGGAUCUCAGCAAAAACUUAUUCUCUGGUGAAAUUCCAUUAUCUCUUGGCAAUCUAAUGAAGUUGGAGAGGUUGAACCUAUCUUCCAAUCAACUCCAAGGAGAAGUUCCUGUUUCACUUGGAAAGCUGACCAGCCUGCACAUGCUAAACCUGUCAAAUAAUCAUCUCCAGGGCCAAAUUCCAUCAACUUUUUCAGGAUUUCCACUAAGCUCCUUCUUGAGAAAUGACAAGCUUUGCGGCCCACCAUUAGCAAAAUGUCUGGAAUCUCAAGGGCAGAGGAAAAAGCACCUUUCUGAUGCUGCAGUAACUGGCAUUACAGUGGCCAUUGUGUUGACAUCCACAGUAAUUUGCUUGGUGAUGCUUUAUAUCAUGUUAAGGAUGUGGUGCAAAUGGAGAAAAGUUUCUAUCUCAAACUUGGAUGGUGGUGGGGCUGAAUACAAGAGAGAAGAGGAGAAAUGGGGUCUUGGUAAUGAGAAGAAGAGGGCUGGUGAGUACUGGAAAGUGGACUCUGGGGCAGAAAUGCAACAACAGCAUGCAUUCUACACCUCAAAAUGAGAAAAGAAGCCAUGAUGGUGAUGGUGGUAAAUACCUUAUUUUGAAGUCAUGGGAAUUACCCAUCUCUUAUUUUCUUUCCUCUUCCAUUUUUAAAUUGAAUUGUUGUACAAUCUCCCUCUUUUAACUUUUUCAGUCUUUCUUUACGAAGUGCAAGUGCUAUGUGAUUCUAUUUUGAGUUCUUGAAUUGUGAGGUGUAAUUUGAAGUAUAGACUUUUGAGUGUGUAUAGAUUUCUUUAACUGUAAGAAGCUAGAGAGAGCACAUUUUGGAUAUAUUCUUCAAUGUAAUCUGAGCUUUUUUAUUGAGGAAAUAUCAUAUUUCAUGUUUUGCCAGAUAACGACAUGCAAGAAUUUUCUUGCAUUUUUUCUGCACGUAACAUGCGACCAAGCAAACUCACUGGAUGAAAAUGCAAAAAUUCACAUAAUUCUUGUUCUUACUUGGAGAAGAAUGGUCAGUGCUCACGUUUAGUCUUCGCAUGUUAGGCCGACUCUAGACAGAUGUUCGAACUUUGGACCCUCAUUAGAGGGCUUCACCUCCUUGUACAACUGAAACUCUGCUACUCUAGCCCACUACAAAUAUCCAACUCCAAUGGUCAAUAGCUUUAGGCCCUAUACCAAAUAUGCCAAACUCGCAAAACAUAUUGAAAUGGGUUUGCCACUGAAUCCACCUAACAUAUAUCUCAAGCCGAAGUCCUAGGUUGGAUUCCGCCUCCCUUUCUAUCGAAAAAAUAUAUAUAACAAGCUUAUCCCAAGCAUCCCUAUCAGGUAAGCUAAGCAUGCAGAACUUAGAAGAACUUCAGCUCCUCAAGUGUAAAUUGGACACUAAAUAUUGGGGUACCACAAAUACAAGAGAAGACGACUUGAGUUUCCACUGAGGAUGGCAUAGCCAAACUCAAUUGUGUACCCAUAAUUUGAAGUCCAUCAACAACAAAUCAAAUUUGCAACUGAAACUUGAUAGAAAAACAUUACUUUUUUCCAAGCACAAGAUAAAAGCAGGAACAUUAUUUUCAUUAACUAUUAUUACAUUUUUCAUGUAGUUUGUUCCUUCAGCCUUGAUGUAGGAAUAUGGGUAUGUAUAGUUUCACCUCUUCAUCAGGGAAUGAAGUUUUUUA